AUGUCAAAACCGACAGUUGCCGUCAUCGGAAGCGGCUGGGCCGGCUUCGUCCUGUCGCAGCAAUUGAAUGUCGCCAAAUACAAUGUUAAGAUUAUAUCGCCGGUUCGAACAAUUCAAUACACACCUUUACUUGCGAGUGCAGCCUGCGGACUAUUCAACUUCCGACUUGCCGAGGAGCCCGUCCGUCGACGCAGUAGACCGAAUGUUGACUAUUACAAAGCAAUCGCCGAGUACAUUGAUCUUGAGAAGCGCAUCAUCAGAUGCAAGCCAUCGGUAUCGGAAUUCUGGAAAGACAAGGAUUACGAAGUUCCAUACGACAAGAUUGUCAUUGCUCCUGGCUGCGACAUUCAAACUUUUGGAACGCCGGGUGCCUUGGAGCACGCGCUGUUUUUGAGAACGACCAAUGAUGCACGCCUCAUCCAACAGAGGAUACUGGAAAUUCUUGAUGCAGCGUCGUUACCUGGAGUCACUGAACAGCAGCAAAGAGACAUCUUGACUAUCCGCGUAGUUGGUGGAGGAGCCAUCGGCAUUGAGGCUACGGCGGAGCUUUACGAUCUCUGGAACCAGGAUAUGAGAUUCCUGUAUCCCCACCUUGAUGGCAAGCUCACGAUCGUCAUUCAUGAUGUUGCACCUACGAUCUUGUCAACCUUUGAUGAAAAGCUGGGAGACUAUGCAACAAAUUCUCUUCAUCGGAAGAAGGUGGAGCUGAAGACCAGCUCUCAUAUCGAGAAAGUGGAGCAGGAUGCCAUAUACACAAAAGAAGACGGUAGACUUCCCUAUGGCAUGCUGAUUUGGGCUACUGGCAAUAAAGCCAACCCUCUACUCGACAACUUGGACGUCAAGAAGACGGAGAAGGGCAUGCCGCGCAUCUUGACGGACAAGUAUCUGAGAGUCUUGCGACCUGACGGCANACCUCGAAUAGUCAACCGGUUUGAGCCGGAUUCUUGGCCAAGCUCCUCGGCCGUCGGCUUGCAAUUUGGCCCCGGCCCGAGGCCUUCCGACGCUGCACUGUCGAUCAUGGGGAGUUCUGCACCGCGACCGUAUUGGCAAAUCUCUGCCAGUAUUUGA